AUGCAUAAAGAAAAAUAUGAAAAUUUUGUCGCUGGUUGGGGUGCUGGUUUUGUCGAGACUGUAGUUUUGUAUCCGCAAAAUAAAAUAAUAUUUCGCCAACAAUUGCAAGGUGUUCCAAUAAAAGAAGUAUAUGCACAGCUGAGAAAUGAAGGCUGGAGGAUGUUGUACAGAGGAAUACUUCCUCCUCUUGUACAACGAACGACAACGCGUUCAGUGAUGUUUGGAAUGUUUGAUAAAUUUUAUCGUUAUUUUAAUUGCUGCGAAUGCCAAGCACCACUAAAGAAUGGACUAUGUAUUGCUUGUGCAGCAUUUAUGGCAGGUGCAGUAGAAGCUAUUACAUGCCCUUUAGAGCGAACACAGGUUCUUUUGCAGUCACCCAGGUUCAAUCACAAGUAUCAAAACACAGGUCAUGCAUUAACUGAGCUUGCAAAGAUUGGAUCAAAAGAAUUGUACCGUGGCUUUAGCCUUGUAUUGUUGAGAAAUGGGUUAAGCAAUGUUUUAUUCUUUUCGUUUAGAAAACCGCUGCGUGAUUUAGUCAUUAAUUUUGAUCGAAAGUGUAUAUCCGAAGAUCUCAAUAGUCGGAUAUCUGACAAUUUAUUGGCAUUUAUGAGCGAUUUUAUAUCGGGUGCUUUACUUGGUGCUUCAAUAUCAACAUUGUUUUUUCCAUUGAAUGUCGUUAAGCAGCGAAUGCAAAGUACAGUUAAUACUCCAUUUUUAACAGCUUGGUCUGUUUUACAAGUUAUUUGGAUUGAACGGAAUGGCUCUUUUAGGCAACUCUUUCGUGGAAUAACUCUCAACUACACAAGGUAUCACGUAUAA